ACACAAGCGGAAACACCAGCAUAGUAAGAGGAAUGGCGCACAGCUACUCUUCCCUUGAGGAGGUCAGUGCAGCAUUGAGUAAAGAAGCUCUAAAAGCAUCCAAACUCCUCUUUGGAAUUGAUUUCACUAUAAGCAAUGAACGGACAGGCAAUGUCUCAUUCAAUAACCAGAGCCUGCAUGGCAUUGGAGAUGUACCUAAUCCAUAUGAGAAGGCCAUGUCUAUCAUUGGAACAACUUUAGCCCCUUUCAAUGAAGACAACUUAAUUACUUGUUUUGGUUUUGGUGAUGAGAUAACUCAUGAUGAGGAAGUGUUUAGCUUUCACAGUGAUCAUUCACCUUGCAACGGUCUUGAAGAAACUUUGUCCUGCUACAGAAAGAUAGCUCAAAACGCAAAACUUGCUGGGCCAACUUCUUAUGCUCCUGUAAUUAAGGCUGCAAACAACACAGUAGCGAAAAGUGUUGGUCAGUACCAUGUAUUGGUCAUCAUAUCUGAUGGCGAGGUUACAAGAAGCAGCGAUACAGGUGAUAAAGAUCUAAGUCCACAAGAAAAGGAAACACUCAAAUUAAUUGUCAAUGCGAGGUCAUAUCCACUCUCAAUUGUUCUGGUCAGAGUCGGUGAUGGACCUUGGGAAGACAUGAAGAACUUUGAGCUCCGUGCACGUAAAUAUCAAAAUUUCCAGAUGGUUAACUUCACUGAAAUUAUGUCUACAAAUGCAACAUCGGCUGAGAAAGAAAUAGCUUUUGCUCGAGCUGCCCUAAUGGAGAUCCCCUUCCAGUACAAAGCAGCAGUUGAACUUGGUAUUCUUGGGUAGGGUUCCUUAUCCAUGUCAAAUUAUAAUAUUCAAGUAU